AUGCACUCCACACACAAGAAGAUCAAGGUCAGCAUAAGGCUAAGGCCCUCUACAGGGAACAGAGAGAUAUGGAAGACCUCUGAAGACGGUUUGUGGCAUAUCCGUGGGGAGAGGAGAGUGAAAUACAGCGGGUUCCAAAGCAUCCUGUCGAACAUGACAAACGAAGAGGUUUACAAGCUGUGUGUGCAGGAGGAGGUUUGGAAGUUUUUGAACGAAGAGAACUGCACGGUGUUUGCAUAUGGACAGACAGGCUCUGGAAAGACAUACACAAUGCUGGGAGGAGAUGAGGAGGGGAUUAUAAAGCUGGCAAUAAGAGAUGUUUUGAAGAAGAGGUCUGUGGGGAUAUCGUAUCUAGAAAUUUACAACGAGAAGCUCUUUGAUCUUUCGAACAACAACGAGGUUCAGAUGUUCAGUGUUGGAAACAAGAAUGUGAUCUCGAACUUGUGGGUCGAGCAUGUGGAUAAGUGGGAAGAUGUUGUGCCUUUUAUUGAGAAGUGUGAGAAGAACAGGAGGUUUGGAACUACGGAGUUCAACACAAAGAGUAGUAGGUCACAUACUGUGGUUCAAGUGACAUACAGCAGCAACAACCGAGUCCGGACUUUGAAUAUGAUAGACCUUGCAGGGAGCGAAAGAGCAAGCCGAUCGAAUGACAGGAGGAAGGAAGGGUCCUUUAUUAACAGGAGCCUUCUUGCACUCUGCACGGUUGUCAACAACAUAGGAAAUGGGAAGUAUCUGGGGUUUCGGAACUCGAAACUGACAAGGGUGCUUCAGCCGUCAUUGGACGGACUUACGAAUCUGAUUGCAAUCUGCACGUUGUCACCUUAUGAAGAUUGUGUUGAAGAGUCUGUAAGUACAUUGAAGUUUGCGGCAAGGCUGUGCAAUCUCGAGCUGAAGACGGAAGAGAUGCAGAUAUCAAGCGAUGGGGAUGGAAGAUGUGGAGGAGAUGGAUUGGAAGGAAGUUCCAGAUGCGAGGUGAAACACAGAUGCUGCAGAAAGUUUCAUCCUGAAGUUAGUAAAGAAACAAGCGAUGUUCUGGAGAAGACAGAGUCCAUGACCUUUGAGAAGUACUUUGAAGGAUACGGCUUUUCGGAAGCUCCUGGGCUGGAAGAGCAUAGAGAGCAUGACAAGGUGUGUAGUGAGAAGGAUUCUGUAGCAGGGAUACUCCGGACCUUUGGAAGGGUGAUUAUGGAGAAUCUGGAGUGGAAGGUAAAGCUUAUGGAGGAGCUGAACAUAAUUAACAACGAUAGAAUACAUUUGCUAGAGAGAAUGGUAGGAGAGUUACUUGGUAAGAACCCAUCAAGAAGAAUGAAUGAGAUCUUCAUACUCGAGAAGUACAGGUUCAACCUUCGUAGGAAGAUGGUUGGAAGAAAAUGA